UAUGAACAUUCCUUUUCAAAUAUUUGAUUGUCCUGGAGGUUUGAUAAAAGUUAAAGUAUUACCUAUGAAAAACAAUAAAUGGGUCGAUUUAAUCAAGCUACAAACAUUUACUUUUGCUAGUAAUGAGAGAUUAUUCGUAGAAAAUAUUGAUGAAGGGACCUGUGAUGAAGAAAAAGUGAUAGUUCGGCGAGCAACAGAAACUUCAGAUUCAAUUGGUUCCCCUUCUCCGAAUUAUCAAGCUAUGUUAAAAAGUUGGCGUUUGGCUGAUGUUAAGUUUCAGAAAUGUAAUGAUAGUUUUAUUCACGUUUUAACAAAUUUGAGUGACAAUCCGUAUAAUGAUUCGGCAGUUUGUAUUUAUAGAAAGAGAACAAAGAAACCCCAUUUAGCUGUUACUUUGAAAUUUCAUCGUCCGAUUAGUCGAGAAGAGCGUACAAAUUUUCUUGACAUCUUACGAUGUCGAUUAGACAAAACGUGCUUAAAGGAAUGCAAAACUACCAAGUCCAUAAGUAAAUCUUGUAAACGUUUGGAAGCCUAUUCAACCGUAGAUGAAAAAAUUAUGCAAAUUAGUUGCUCAGGAGCAGAGUUCGAUAAAAAUGAUAGAUUAAGGGACUGGACUAAAAACGUCUCCGAAUGUGUGACAUUGAACGAUCUUCGACCGGAAGUAUCCCUUGAGUUAUUACUUGAAAUAAAAGAGAAGAGUCUUUGGGAGAAGAAUAUAAUAUUGUUCUUCACAAUUGCUAUUCUUGUUACAGUCUGUUUAACGGCUAUUAUUGUGUCAUUUGUUUGUAUUAAGUGUAGACAAAAAGGCUAUUAUUCCGCAAAAAAGAUGCACUCAGUUCCAAAUGAUUAUCAAACGCGACCGAAAUCAUAUGGAAAUCCAGUAUCAGAUACAAUAAUAACCGAGGGAGAAAUUGAUCCAAAUUCUUCAAACGGAGUUCAAGAUAGUGGGUGGGUUGUACCAUUCGAGAAUAAAAAGUUAGCUGAUACAAAGCUUUAA